GGGAGUCGACCGGCGAGCAGCAUGGAGGUCCCAGCGGGGGUCAUCAACGCCGAGCCCGGCUGGUUUGUCUCUACUCGGGAGCCCGAAGAGGCGGAGGCGGAAGAGUCUAGCCCGUUGCUUAGCAACGAAGUUCACACCCAGAGAUCCCGAGGUGCUUCAUUUGGUUUCUCAGUGUUUAAUUUGAUGAAUGCCAUCAUGGGAAGUGGCAUCCUUGGCUUAGCUUAUGUUAUGGCUCAUACUGGUAUCCUUGGAUUUAGUUUCUUGCUGCUGAUAGUCGCUCUCCUGGCUUCUUACUCAGUUCAUCUCCUGCUUAGCUUGUGUAUUCAGACAGCUGUGACAUCUUAUGAAGAUCUUGGACUCUUUGCAUUUGGAUUACCUGGAAAGGUGAUGGUGGCAAGCACCAUAAUAAUUCAGAACAUUGGAGCUAUGUCAUCUUAUCUUUUAAUCAUUAAAACAGAACUUCCUGCUACUAUUUCAGAAUUUUUAUCUGGAGACUACAGUGGGUCUUGGUAUCUUGAUGGAGACACACUACUACUAAUCAUUUGUGUUGGCAUUGUGUUCCCUCUUGCACUUCUUCCUAAAAUAGGCUUUCUUGGCUACACAAGUAGUUUAUCAUUUUUCUUUAUGGUGUUCUUUGCUCUUGUGGUAAUAAUUAAAAAAUGGUCCAUCCCUUGUCCUCUGACAUUAAAUUAUGCAGAACAGUAUUUCCAGAUUUCAAAUGCUACAGAUGAUUGUAAACCAAAGCUCUUUCAUUUCUCCAAAGAGAGUGCUUAUGCCAUACCAACCAUGGCUUUUUCAUUUCUAUGCCACACCUCAAUACUGCCCAUAUACUGUGAACUUCAAAGCCCUUCUAAGAAAAGGAUGCAGAAUGUAACCAAUACAGCAAUUGCUUUAAGUUUUCUUAUUUAUUUUGUAUCUGCACUCUUUGGGUACCUCACUUUUUAUGACAAUGUGGCGUCAGAAUUACUGCAAGGUUACAGUAAAUACUUGCCACAUGAUGUUGUCAUCAUGACUGUGAAGUUAUGCAUACUAUUUUCUGUGCUUUUGACAGUCCCUCUAAUCCACUUCCCUGCAAGGAAAGCUUUAAUGAUGAUGUUUUUUUCCAAUUUUCCAUUCUCAUGGAUUCGCCAUUCUUUGAUCACUCUAGCUCUCAAUAUUAUCAUUGUUUUACUGGCAAUAUAUGUUCCUGACAUUAGGAAUGUAUUUGGUAUAGUUGGUUCCAGUACAUCAACGUGUUUGAUUUUUGUGUUCCCAGGACUGUUUUAUCUUAAAAUGAGCAGAGAGGAUUUUCUCUCACGGAAAAAGUUGGGGGCAUUUGUUUUGCUCAUCUUUGGUAUUUUGGUUGGUAAUUUUAGUUUAGCACUCAUUAUUUUUAAUUGGAUUAAUAAAUGAAAGAAAUUAUUUUCCUACUUCCUAUGAAGAAUAUUUUACCUCCUUAUGCAAAAAGGAAUGAUUAUGGAAGGCACCUUGGAUGAAUCCUCUUUAUAUGGGUUAACAUUUUUGCAAACAUAAUAGAAAAGCAGAACAAAACAAGAGUGGGUAGGAGAAAGUAGAUGUAGCAGUUUUAAUCAAAAUAAGAAACAAACUCAAAGUGCUCUUAAAUAUGUUGAACAUCUUUAUGAGUUUAUUUUUUUGAAUUAAUAGGGUAGUUUUAAUGUUUACAGAGAUAACUGAGCAGAAAGUACAGAGAGUUCUCAUAUAUUCCCUCAUUCUAGCACACCCAUAGUUUCCCAUAUUACUAACAUCUUGCAUUAGUGAGGUACAUUUGUUAUACUUGAUGAGCCAAUAUUGAUAUAUUAUUAUUAACUGAAGUUCAUGGUUUACAUUAGGGUUCGCUUUUGAUGCAAGCAUUGGCAACCACAAAUCUUUUUACUGUCUCCAUAAAAACCAUGAGCCUUUCCCCAUGAGCCUUUCCUAAAACAUUGUUUGGUGGAAUCAUGCAGUAUCUAACCUUUCAGACUGGCUUCUUUCACUUAGCAAUAUGUGUUUAAGUUUGCUCUAUGUCUCUUCAUAACUUGAUAGCUUUUUUUUUAGAAUCACUGAUAGUAUUCCAUUGUAUGGAUGUACCACAAUUUGGGGCUUCCCAAGUGGUGCUAGUGGUAAAGAACCUGCCUGCCAAUGCAGGAGACUGAGAGACCCAUUCCUGGGGCGGGAAGAUCCCCUGAAGGAGGGCAUGGCAACCCACUCCAGUGUCCUUGCCUGAAGAAUCCCAUGGACAGAGGAGCCUGGUGGGCUACAGUCCAUGGGGUCGCAAAGAGUUGGACAUGACUGAGCAACUUAGCACAUGUGCACCACAGUUUGUUUUUUCUUUCACCUGUUGAAUGACCUCUUGUUUGCUUUCAAAUUUUGACAUUUGUGAAUACAGCUGUUAUAAACAUUUGUAGGCAAAUUUUUGUGUGGACAGAGAUUUUCAGCUUGUUUGGGUUCAUACCAAUACCAGAGACUUUGCUUCUUAGCAGUUGCUGCAUGGUGUGGUAGAAUAUUUAGUCUUGUAAGAAACUGCCUAACAGCCUUCCAAAGUGGGCUGUAACAUUUUGCAGUCCUGCCAGCAAUGUGUCAGAGUUCCUGUUGUUGCAUAUCCUCGCCAGCAUCAGGUGUUGUCAGUAUUUUGUAUUUUCACCAUUCUAAUAGUGGGUGUGCAGUUGUAAUAUCUCAUUUUUGUUUUAAUUUGCAUUUCCCUAAUGACAGGUGAUGUUGAACAUGCUUAUUUACCAUCUGUGUAUUUUCUUUGGUGAGGUUCUGAUUUUUAAAAUUGGGUUGUUUUUCACUGUUGAGUCUUGAGCAUUCUUUAUGUAUUUUAGAUACCAAUUCUUUAUCAGAUAUGUCUUUUGCAAAGAUUUUCUCCCAGUUUGUGGGUUGUGUUUUCAUUCUCUUAGCAGCAUCUUUCACUGAGAAGUUUUUUAAUGUUAUUAAAUAUAUUGAGAUAA